CACAACGCUUUAACAAUGUCCGAAGAUUUAUGCUCCAUCUGUUUUGUAGCCCAGUUCAAGUACAAAUGUCCCGCUUGCGCUGCAAAAACCUGCUCCAUGCUCUGUGUUAAGCGCCACAAGCUCCAGUCUGAGUGUUCGGGGCAAGUGGAUCCAACAAAGUACACUCCCAAACACACCUUGGAUGAGACCCACUUACACAGAGACUACAACUUUUUACUUCUGAUAGGACGGAAAAUCGAUGUGGGAAAGACGGAUGUCUUGAAUAAUGCGCGCAAUAUCUUCAAAAACAACGCUGCCAAGCGCCAACGAUUGACCGACGGCAGACCAAAGGAGUCGUCUGAGCCGGAAACAGUCCGCCGCAGAAACGUCAAUGUCAUUCAGUUACCCCACGGGAUGCAAAGAGCGGCUCAGAACAAGUCUGGGUUUGAUAAAAAGGCCCAGAGGUACAUGUGGACCGUAAAGUGGGUUCUCGUUACCCAGGACCUGGAGGAAAACCUCACAGACGUGUCCCAGCACAUCUCUUACAGGGUGAAAGAGGAUGAGACAUUGCUGGAGGCUAUUCCGUGGCGUUUCUUUUCCAAGUUUUUGCCAAAAGUCACUGAAACAGAGCAUCCCACCACCAAGAUAGAAACGGUCCAAAGCAUCACUACCGAGGAAACAGUUAUGUCAGCCAGCACAAAAACUGUUGACACUACCACAGAGGAGCCGAUAAAUGCCCCCGCCACCGAUGAACGGGCUCAACCUGAGCUUUAUUUCUACAUGAAAUCACACCCCAUGAAGAGAGAUGCCUGUCUCGAGCUCCUCCGCACAGAGUCCCAGUUAAAGGAUGUUUUGGAGAACAAGUUCGUCUUGGAGUACCCUACAAUCUAUUUCAGCGAGCGCGAAUUGGCAGUGAAGCUGGUAGAGGCUUCCAAGGAGGAAUCCUCUUCCGAUGAAUCGUCCUCUGAUGACUCCAGCGAUGAAAGUGAUUCAGAUAGCGAUGAUGCCCCAGAGGAAAGCUCCUCUAAACAGGUGACGGAUGGGGGUGAACUGGAAAUGAACCCGCCUACGGAGCAAACGCUGGAAGUAGAUGGAUCUAUACGGGCGGAGGAAACCGUUGGUAGCGCGGCAUUGGAGUUUAUUGAAGAUAUGGUGACGAUAGGAACAGGUGCUCCAAGAACGGAAGGAAGGAGUAUUACAAACCUAGAGAACUUCUCUGCUGACGUCUUCGAGGAAGUUCAACUACAAGAGCCCGACAGCUCUAAACUAGAAGUAUUGGCUCAACUACAAGAUUCAGGUAACUAUAUAUAGUGACUGAAGUACCUCUAAA